UAGCUCAUAUAGUUGCGGUAGAAAAUGUAGAAAAUACCUAGAGUAGUAGAAAUAUCAUGGCGUCGAAUGCUGCUUUCAGUUGUCAACGCGUCGCGUCGCGUGCAAUGGACAUGUGAUCCCUGUGACGCGAAUUGCAGUGGCUGAGGUGGCUGAGCUUCCAAGGUCCUUGUUUCUCAACUAGCUGUAUGACAUAACUCUGCGUUUUUCUCGCUCCGACGCAAGCCUUUGUAACCAAAAUGGUUCAAAUGGAGGUCGAUAUGUUUUCGCCGGCCAGCGCCUUUCACUCCAUGUCCAAGUUCAAUACGUCCUCCAAGCGACCCCGUCCCACCGAGGAAGACAGCCCUUCCAGUCGUCCUGUCAAGCGCCUGACUCCUGCUUUGGGAGAUGGGCUACCUUCACCACUAUUUACGAAUUCACUCCCCUCGAGUGGCAGCAGUAGUCGGCACCCCUCUGAGGAUUGGGUACAACAGACAGGCGGCUUGAGCAUCGGAACACCGAAAGAAUAUGUACCAGAUUCGGAGAGUAACUCAGAUACCAUGGACUUGGAUGAUGUCGAUGAGCCUUCUACUUUGGCCUAUGGUCCAGGAAGACCUGUACUAUUACCUCUGCAAACGACGUUUCCCAGUACGUCUCAUACGCGCGACACCUUCGCAGCGCAUCGUCAGUCACCUCGGAAUUUAUCACCGUCGUUCACUGAUGCAAACGCAUCACGACCACUCGCAAACCAUGCUCAGGGCUCCUUUCUAUCUCGUCUCCCUUCAAUCGAUGUCACGCCACCUACCCCCGAGACAAUAAGAGUCGAAGGCGGUAUUGUUAAUGUGACAAGGCCUCGCACGCCAGUCUCAGACAGUCUUACGCCUAUGAAUAUCUCCAUGGAAUCCGGAGGACUGAGAUCAAGUACUCUGUCUCCCACCAAAAGGCAGCGCGUCACUAUGGGACCCCGCUCAGAUUGUGAAAAAUGUCGACUCGGUGUGAAGGGACAUUGGAUGCAUGUUGAUUAGGAAGCGGUUAUGAAGAUAUGUGCCAUUGCAUUAAUCCUUGUAUAUUUCUCUGCCUACCGUAUGG